CUAGCCGAGGUUUGUCGUUUCGCUGCAACUUGUGCCUCGUUCACUUUGUUCAGGUCUUUUGCCGGAUUAGCAUAGACUUUGUGAUUUCUCGGUUCAAUUUAUUUGGAAACUCGUAAGCCAAUCCAACAGCCAUGGGUAAGGAAAAGACUCAUAUUAACAUUGUCGUCAUUGGCCACGUCGAUUCUGGUAAAUCUACCACCACCGGUCACUUGAUCUACAAAUGCGGUGGUAUCGACAAGCGUACCAUUGAGAAGUUCGAAAAGGAAGCCCAAGAAAUGGGUAAGGGUUCCUUCAAGUACGCCUGGGUUUUGGAUAAAUUGAAGGCCGAACGUGAGCGUGGUAUCACCAUCGAUAUUGCUUUGUGGAAAUUCGAAACUGCCAAGUACUACGUCACCAUUAUUGACGCCCCUGGUCACAGAGAUUUCAUCAAGAACAUGAUCACUGGUACCUCUCAAGCUGAUUGCGCUGUGUUGAUUGUUGCUGCCGGUACUGGUGAAUUCGAAGCUGGUAUCUCCAAGAACGGUCAAACUCGUGAACACGCCUUGUUGGCCUUCACCUUGGGUGUCAAGCAAUUGAUCGUUGGUGUCAACAAGAUGGAUUCCUCUGAACCACCAUACAGCGAGGCUCGUUAUGAAGAAAUCAAGAAGGAAGUCUCCUCUUACAUCAAGAAGAUCGGUUACAAUCCCGCUGCUGUUGCUUUCGUUCCAAUUUCCGGCUGGCACGGUGAUAACAUGUUGGAACCAUCCACCAACAUGAACUGGUUCAAGGGCUGGAAGGUUGAACGUAAGGAAGGCAACGCUGAAGGCAAGACCCUCAUCGAAGCCUUGGACGCCAUCUUGCCCCCAACCCGUCCCACAGACAAGCCUCUGCGUUUGCCCUUGCAGGAUGUGUACAAAAUCGGUGGUAUCGGCACAGUACCCGUCGGUCGUGUCGAAACUGGUGUCUUGAAGCCCGGUACCGUUGUUGUCUUUGCCCCAGCUAACAUCACCACUGAAGUCAAGUCCGUUGAAAUGCAUCACGAAGCUUUGACCGAAGCCGUUCCCGGUGACAACGUCGGUUUCAACGUUAAGAACGUCUCCGUCAAGGAAUUGCGUCGUGGUUAUGUCGCUGGUGACUCCAAGGCCGCUCCUCCCAGAGGUGCUGCUGAUUUCACCGCCCAAGUUAUUGUGUUGAACCACCCUGGUCAAAUCUGCAAUGGUUACACUCCCGUCUUGGAUUGUCACACCGCCCACAUUGCUUGCAAAUUCGCCGAAAUCAAGGAGAAGGUCGAUCGUCGUUCCGGUAAGACCACUGAAGAAAACCCUAAAUUCAUCAAGUCUGGUGAUGCUGCCAUCGUCAACUUGGUCCCCUCCAAGCCCUUGUGCGUUGAAUCCUUCCAAGAAUUCCCCCCAUUGGGUCGUUUCGCCGUUCGUGACAUGAGACAAACUGUCGCUGUCGGUGUCAUCAAGGCUGUCAACUUCAAGGAUGCCUCCGGUGGUAAAGUUACCAAGGCCGCUGAAAAGGCCACCAAGGGCAAGAAGUAGCUGCUUUACACUGAACAAUCAAACUGCACCAACAACAACCAUCAUUUGUUGCUAAACCAACAAUCAGUUAAUUGCAUCUUUUCCAAUCCUUUAUUAUUACCAACAACAAGUAGCAGCAACAACAAUACAAAUAGAGGUACCGCAUCUACAACUUCCACCACCACCACAACCAGCAACGUAAAGAUGUUCCAGCAUAAGCUAAUUCUAAUGGUUAAAGAAAAGUUUAACUGCUUCCAUCGCAAAGAGUUUCGCAGGAAACGAAUGCUGUUGUUCUCCUCCCACAUUUUCUCUCCGUAAGGUGUAUGGGGACUUCGCAUCCAUAGAUACUACUACCUACACUAAGCGCGGUGCGUUUUUGGGGCUUGGCAAUAUGGAUGUGGUGCUCCCAUAGCAACGAACUUCUGAGGAAGCUUCAUCCAUUCUUUCUUUAUGCGCAAGAGCUCCAAGCAAGCAGCAUUUAAGUCUUCUAUGUAUUUAAUUACUUUAUAAUUUUAUUAUUAUUUGUAAUAAUCCUUUUUUAUAAUUACCUUAUGUUGGAAUUCAUUCCAUCUCUACUACUCGUAAAUAAAAGAAGAAACCCUAAAACAUUAUUAAACAA